AUGGCUGCAACGCUCUGGGCAGCUGCUUUAGCUGCGAGCUCACUGAUAACUUCCGCAAAUGCGUUCUAUCUCCCUGGGACAGCUCCACGCGAUUACCAUGUCAACGAUCGUGUUCCGCUGUAUGUUAACGCACUGACGCCUAUGGUCCUCAGCGCCGACUCGAAGUUGAAAUCAAUGAUUAAUUACAACUAUUAUGACCCCGCUUUCCAUUUCUGCGAACCCAAAGAUGGACCAAAGAAACAACCGGAGUCUCUCGGGUCCAUAUUAUUCGGAGAUCGUAUCUAUAACUCGCCCAUCGAGGCAAGUGACUCUUUCGCUGACGUCCUUUUCCCACUAACCCUAGUUUUAAAGUUCACGAUGCUUAAAAAUGAAUCUUGCAUGCCGAUUUGCACAGCAACUGUCCCGGCCAAAGAUGCCAAAUUUAUUAACGAUCGCAUUCGCGAGGAUUAUGCUAUCAAUUGGCUGGUAGACGGAUUGCCUGCGGCGGAGAUGAAGGAGGACGAGAGAACCAAGGAAAUAUUCUAUGAUAUGGGAUUCAAUCUCGGAGAUGAUGAAAGGGAAGAGUUCAAGACCAACCCUGCGUUGCAUAAUCACUAUGACAUCGUUCUCAACUAUCACACGAGGGACAAUGUCAACUACCGAGUAGUUGGUGUAGUUGUUUGGCCAAGAAGCAUUGCCCAUUCCUCAGCAAAGACACUGGACUGUGCGGCCAAGAAACCUCGACCAUUAGUUCUAGCUGAAGACCAAGAGAAUAGCGUAACAUAUUCCUACACUAUCCAUUGGGAGGAAUCAGAUACGCCUUGGGCUACACGAUGGGACAAUUAUUUGCAUAUUUUCGACCCGAAGAUUCAUUGGUUCAGCUUGAUCAACUCGUUGGUCAUAGUGAUUUUCCUCUGCGUUAUGGUUUCUAUGAUUCUCGUUCGCACUGUCUCUCGAGAUAUCUCAAGGUACAAUGCUAUCGACCUGAGUGAAGAUGUGCAAGAGGACUUUGGGUGGAAAUUGGUACAUGGAGAAGUUUUCCGUUCUCCAAGAUUCCCAAUGGUUCUCAGCGUGCUUGUUGGGAAUGGAGCCCAACUUUGCGUUAUGGUCGGCGUAACACUGAUAUUCGCGCUUUUGGGCUUCCUUUCACCCUCGAAUAGAGGUGCAUUGGCCACUAUGAUGAUCGUAUUUUGGACUUUCUUCGGAAGCGUUGGGGGUUAUGUUUCGGCCCGCGUAUAUGCAUCGAUUGGUGGUACCGACCAUAAGCAAAAUACCUUCCUUACUGCAACUAUUCUACCUACGUUUGUAUUUGCAGUAGUUUUCUUGCUCAACCUAUUCCUCAUCGGCGCCGAUUCAUCAGGGGCAGUACCGCUGGGUACUAUGCUGGCCAUUGUGGGACUGUGGUUUGUCAUUUCGGCCCCCCUCUCUGCAAUCGGUUCGUUCUUUGGAAGGAAGCAUGGGGCUGUAUCACAUCCGGUUCGCGUAAACCAAAUUCCUCGUCAAAUCCCGCCUGCACCAAGGUACCUACAGCCCUGGUCCGCCUCCUUGCUUGCAGGCAUUUUGCCAUUUGGCGCGGCAUUUGUAGAGCUGUAUUUUGUGCUCUCGAGCCUCUUCGCUUCACGCGCAUACUAUGCAUUUGGAUUUAUCGCCCUAACGGCGGGCGUAGUCCUAUUGACGACCGCAACAGUCACAAUCUUAUUCACAUACUUUAUGCUCUGCGCCGAAGAGUAUCGCUGGCAUUGGCGUGCUUUCAUGAUCGGCGGUGGGAGUGCCUUCUGGGUACUUGCAUAUGGAGUUUUCUACUGGCUUACCCGCCUAUCACUUGACUCCUUUUCGAGUGUAGUCCUAUAUGCGGGCUAUUUGUUCCUAAUUGCGCUCUUUGAUUUCCUCAUUACGGGUAGCAUAGGAUUCCUCGCAACAUAUUGGUCGAUGAGAAGACUGUACUCGGCUAUCAGGAUUGAUUAG